UGUUUUCUGUUUUAAAAAAAAAUUAUAUGUAUAUUGUAAGUUUCUAUGGCUAUCGAGCAUUCAAAAUAUAUAAAAACCAUAUUUUGGCCCAAACAAACAUCUGUCUCUAUUAAAUCAACUAAUCAAACACAUCACAGCCACCACAAAAACACACAUGUUUUGAGAAAAAGAAAGACGACCACCGUCCACCAUCAUGUCCAAUGAACCACAGCCAAACAACCGCCGAUUGGCGCUAUUUCCAUUACCAUUUCAAGGCCACAUCAACCCCAUGCAUCAGUUAGCAAACAUUCUUCACACUAAAGGCUUCAAGAUUACAAUCAUUCACACCCGUUUCAACUCGCCAAACCAAUCAAACUACCCACAAUUCACCUUCAAGUCGAUCUCAGACGGCUUGUCGGAAUCCAAAAACAAGAAUUUGAAUCCGGAUAAUCCUAAUUCUGUCAUCAACUUCUUAAACAAAAGCUGCAUCGAUCCGUUGAGGGAUUGUUUAGUCAAGUUACAAGAAGAGGAGCCAAUCGCAUGCUUGAUCUCAGAUGCGCUAUGGCACUUCUCUCAAUCAGUUGCAGACAGUCUGAAUCUCCCAAGAAUCGUUUUACGAACCAGCAGCAUGUCCUGCCUCCUUGUUUAUGCAGCCUUGCCUCUUCUUAACAAAAACGGCUUCCUGAUCAAAACCAUCUUUGAAGAAGAAGAAGAAGAAGAUGAAGAGCCGAUUCCAGACCUUUCGCCGAUCACAGAAAAAGACAUACUAGAGAUUUUUAACGACGUCGAUUGCAAGGAUGGAGUACUCGAUUUGAUCUUUAGCAUGAUCAAAACUACAAAAGCGGCUUCUGGAAUCAUAUGGAACACCUUCAAAGAACUCGAAGAACCUGCUUUUUCUGCCAUAACCAAAGAUUUCUGUAUUCCCAGUUUCCCGAUUGGUCCGUUUCAUAAGUAUUUCCCAGCAUCCUCUAGCAGCUUACUAGAACAAGAUCGAAGCGUUAUGUCAUGGUUAGACUUGCAACCAGUUAGGUCUGUAGUAUACGUGAGUUUUGGGAGUAUUGCUCAAAUGGGUGAAGCCGAGUUUAGCAAUAUGGCUUGGGGGCUUGCAAAGAGUAAGCAACGGUUCCUGUGGGUGGUUCGACCUGGUUCGGUUUUUGGGUCUGAAUGGCUCCAGUAUUUGCCUCAAGGGUUUAUAGAGGAAGUAGGUGAAAGAGGGUGUAUUGUCAAGUGGGCUCCUCAACAAGAAGUAUUAGCUCAUGGAGCUAUAGGAGUGUUUUGGACUCACAGUGGAUACAACUCGACAUUGGAGAGCAUCUGUGAAGGUGUUCCGAUGAUCUGUUCACCUUAUGCUUAUGAUCACCCGAUAAUCGCUAGAUAUGUAACAGACGUUUGGAGAGUAGGAGUGAUGUUGGAUAAAGGGAAGGAGGAGGAGAUCGGUAAAAAGGUGAGAAGUGUAAUUAUGGAGGAAGAAGGAAGUGAGAUGAGACAGAGAUCUAAAUUUCUUCAGGAGAAGGUGAAUCGUUCUAUGAAGGAAGGUGGGUCUUCAUAUGAAUCACUGGAGAAUCUGGUUGACUUAAUCAUCUCUCUAUAAUAUGUCCUUCUAGUAUUCUUUACUGCAUUUUAUCAUCAUAUCAUGUUAAUCCUAUUGUUUUAUUUAGUAUUUUAAUCGGUUUAAAUAAAACACAUCUUUGAUAACAAUUAAGAAGAUCAUGCGUAUAUCUUCA